CGUGUCCGCGCCGCCGCCCGUCCCGCCGGCGCCCGAGCGCCGCGACUGUCCUCGGCCCGACUCCCCGGCGGGGUGGCGGCGGCCGGGUCCCCACGGUGGCGGCGGGAGCAGCGGCAGCAGGAGCCCGGCUCUAGGAUGAAGUUCAAGCCCAACCAGACGCGGACGUACGACCGCGAGGGCUUCAAGAAGCGGGCGGCCUGCCUGUGCUUCCGCAGCGAGCAGGAGGACGAGGUGCUGUUGGUGAGCAGCAGUCGGUACCCAGACCAGUGGAUUGUUCCAGGAGGAGGGAUGGAGCCGGAGGAGGAGCCUGGCGGCGCUGCUGUGAGAGAAGUAUAUGAAGAGGCUGGAGUCAAAGGAAAAUUGGGCAGACUCCUGGGAAUAUUCGAGCAGAAUCAAGACCGGAAGCACAGAACGUAUGUUUAUGUUCUGACAGUCACUGAGAUAUUGGAAGACUGGGAAGAUUCUGUCAAUAUUGGAAGGAAGAGAGAGUGGUUCAAAGUAGAAGAUGCAAUCAAAGUUCUUCAGUGUCAUAAGCCUGUCCAUGCAGAGUAUCUGGAAAAACUAAAGCUGGGUUGUUCUCCAACCAAUGGGAAUUCCACGGUCCCUUCCCUCCCAGAUAACAAUGCCUUGUUUGUGACUGCUGCACAGCCUUCUGGGGUGCCAUCCAGUAUAAGAUAGAGAGCUGGGACCCUCCCCCCACCGUGUCAUGUCACAGAUGUCACAGGGAGAGGCUUUUUUUUUACUUUUCUUCUGACACAUCUGCCUGCCGCUAGCAAACUCUGAAUUUGCUGUGUGCAGGAGUUUCAAGUAAUUUGCAUGCGUUUCAGAUGCUUUCAAAUCUUUUAAACAACAAAAUAGCGUAACAAUUUUAAGAUGCCAAAGCCAUGUGGGGUUAUUGUAACCCUUCAACCCCAUUACUUUGGUUUUCUUCUUUUUUUUUUUUUUAAUGAAAUUUUCCCCCACUUUUGUCCACCAUACAUCAUUCUGUGGUUUACUUUGCCAUGUCAAAUAAGUUGUAGGGUAUAUAUUUUCACAUGCUUCCUCCCCCCCCCCCCUUUUUUUUUUCUUACAGUAUCGAAUAGUCACCAGAUCUUUGUUGGGAAUUAAUGAAAAGACUCUCAGUAUUUAAAGAAAUAUAUUUAUCCCAAAACUUGUGUAAGAGGAUCGUAAUCUCCACUGUAAACUGCACAUUUGGGCUGGUUUCUUUGGUAUGGUCCUGUAGCCUUUGACAAAGUAUUUCAGUUCACUAUUUCCAAGAAUUUGUUUGAGUGUUCACAGCCAGUAUUAUGUCACUGUCACCCUACCAGGACUGUUUCCCUUCUAACACAGUAGUGUUUCAAUAUAUAGAGAGCUCGUCAUUUUAGGGAAACACUGUCAGCAACUUGCAUGUGGUUGAGUGUAUCUCAUACUGAAAACUCUAUAGAAAUUUAUUUAGCAUGCUCAGUUGCCAGUUCCCUUUAUAGUCCUUUUAACAUAGACUAGAGGAAGGCCACAUUGCACUCGAUGGAGACUGCUCUUAAAAUGCAUUUUCAGUUUCUGAUUUAGUGACACAUGUUCAGUUAAACAAUCGGUUUUCCGCAGGAUUAGAAUCUAGUCUUCAGUUCAGUCAGUGCUGACUGCAUCACAGCUAAAGAGAAUGGCCAUUGCUGUUCAGCUGUUCCAGACCUAAGGCAGAGGGCACAUUUGAUUAUCUCCGGUUUUCUGAGUGUCGAUGAGUGGCUUGUCACUAAAGUCAGCUGUGGGGGAACUGGACCGUGGGUCGCUAUUACACCUUGUCUUUGCUCCUUAUCGGCCAUCCUGUGAAAAGGGCCUGGUCUGAAACUCCACACUUCAUGAAGUCAGAAGCGAAGGGGGAGGGGAAGCCUUCUGCAGAUGUGGGAUAAGGAAGAGGAAGAGACUGGUCUUUAUGUAGCCAUUGUUAACCUUUUGUAAAUACUCUAACUGGCAGGCAUAAAACAGGAAGUACAUUGAGACAUGUGUUCUGUAACUUAACCUUUAAAAUGUAACCGCUGCUGAAAGUGGUCCUUGGAUAUAAGGAAAACUGGUGUUAAAAAUGAGAUCUUCUGCCACAAAUGCAGCAGAACUAAAUAAAAACGUUAGUUUGCAAAUUAAUGCUGUCACAGUAAUGAGUAAAGUAGAAAAACUCAACCAGUAGCAUUCAUUGUGAAUUAUGUAGUGUAAUCGCACAUGAUCGUUCAGACCUUUAUUUUUCUUUGUACAGAGGUCAUGUAUUCUGGCUUUUGCUUUCUUACAGGAAACAUUUUAAAGCCCACAGAUUGACAUUUUCUACCAGUUGCCAAGACGUUUCCCCCCCUCACAAAUCUCUGCUAUUUCUCUAUGUACUAAACACAACAGAGAAACUGGACUGUUUUAUAUAGAAUACUGCUUCCAGCUAACAAUCACAAGUGCUUGGGGUUCAUGUACAUGAUAUUCUGAGAGGUAAUAGUGCAUGGAUUUAUUUUAUAAACUCUUGGACUGUGUAUUGCCAUGUAAAAUAUGUACAGUAUUAAUGUCAACCAUCUCUUUAAAGUUAGCCUAUAAAUAUUGUUGUAUAAUUUCUUUGGUCAGAAACAUUUGGAUUAAGCCAGGUCACCUGGGUCAGGACUUUCUUCAGUGCCAUGUAACAAACCAACUCUCUUUAGUCUAUGCAAUAGCAAGGAAUUUACAGAAUGCAGCUUCGUUUUUUAAUUUCACCUGGGGGCUCCCCAUUACUCUUCUGGGUCCCAAACCAGCAAGAUCAUAGAGGAAAAGAACUAGGGUGAGUGAUUCAGUUCUUUCAAAAUCAGUUGAAUCUACUAAAAGUAAUGUCUACCAUUUCAGCCCUCUGCGGUGAGCAGUGCUGAAACUGCUAUUUGCGCUUAUUUGUGGAAUCGCUGAAUAAAAUGGGGCAGCUACAUUCUUCAGUUCCGUGUGCCUAAGUUUAAAAAACAAAGCAGAAAGGUAGAAACUGCCUGUGUGGUGUUUUGUAAAGAAAUGGCAUUUUCCCAUCAAGCACACGCCAUCCAGUUCCUUGCCAGUCACAUUGUAUGAAGCAGAAAAGUAAGAAAUGCUUUGCAUGGUCUCAUCCGAGAUGGUCUCUUUCAAGCUGGUGUAAGAAUCUUGACUUUCUUUUUUACAUUUGGAAACAUCAAAUAAAAAUGGAAACAUAA